GUUUUUUGACAGUUACUGUAAUGAAAUUCUCUCGCAAUCCAACUUGUUUUAAAAUAAACUUCGUCACAAUAAUUUCUUAAAACUGAAAUAAGUGUUAACUUAUGAAACGAAACUGAACACAUAAUACAGCAAUGAGCGACUCGAACGCCUUCGGAUACGAGGAGAGGCCCGCGGGGCCGGGCGCCGCGCUUUCGCCGGCUCAGCACAAGUUCUCCCCCGACGAGCUGCGCGUGCUAAGGGAGUGCAAUACGGAGAGCUUUUAUCAGCGUUCUCUACCUUUGGGCACUACGUUUGGGCUCGCGGCCUAUUUUGGCGUGCAAGGAGGUCGCUUAAAACCAAAUCCCCGUUUUGGUGCAUUUCCCAAAGUGACUUUGGCUGUGAUUGUGGGCUACUUUCUGGGAAAGCUGUCUUACCAGCAGGCAUGCGCUGAGAAGCUCAUGGCUCUGCCUGGCAGCUAUAUCGGCCAGCUGUUGAGGGAGAAGAAAGAAGGGAGAACUGGAAUCCAGCCAAAACGCACUAAUACAAUGUUCGGGGCGGGGUCAGAUGAUGUGUAUAGUGACGCAGGUCCCGGCAGCUCGCUGGAUCUUGACACUGAUCGUCCGCUGUUUUCUGACGACCAUUACCGGGCUGGCCAAGAAACUGGCCCAGGUCCCCUCGGAACAGAGAGUGGUCCAGCACGGCCCGUGCUGUCUUACGAAGAGCUGAGGCGCAAGAACCGCAGCGAGUACACUGACUCUAGGCAAGACCCAUAUAAAUUGGAACCAAGCAACAUCCCACCAGUGACCAGGGCCAGGCCCGAGCCUCAACCGUCACGUCAACCUACAAACAAAUACGGAGAUAGCAUGGAGUAGAAAACAUGUAACCAUCCGAAGGUUAUCAAUAACAUUACUUAUUUUUACAUCAGCCUAUCUAUACUAAUAUUAUAAAUGCGUAAGUCUGUCUGUCUGUUACCUUUUCACGGCUAAACGGCUGAACUGAUCAAGAUGAAUUUUGGUAUUAUGAUAAAUGGGACCUUAGAGCAGAAUAUGGGCUACUUUUAUCCCUAAAAUAAAAAGAGAAGGGGGUGAAAUAGGGGUUGAAAGUUCAUAUGGAAUGUCGUCAAUUUUCAGAUAUACAGUUUUAAUAAUUUGUUUAUAUAUCAUUAAAAAAAAUAUGAAAUUUGAUGUGAUUCAAGAUUUUUUUUUAAUUUAACCUCUAAAGUGGUGAAAUAGGGGUUGUAAGUUUACAUUGAUUUCCACGCAGACGAAGUCGCUGGCGUCCGAUAGUAAUGUUAUAAAUCUGUAUAAUCAUUAGGCAAAAAGCUUACUAGUGACUGUUUAUCUAUUUAUAUAUCUCUUUGCUAGUCAUCAUUAUCAAAUUGUUUUUAUUUCUUCACUCUCAUUACAUCGCACAGAUUUGUUUUUCUAUCUAUUGCCUAAUGGUAAUGCCUGAGACAGUGCAAAGUUUUGAAAUACGGUAUUUUCCCCAAUGUAUUAUCUCCAAAGCAUAUAAUUAAACUGGCAGGUAAGUAAUUGGAUACUGCAAAUUCAAGUUUGACUUAAACUUAAAUUAGACUUAAAUCUUUCUGUCUUGGUUUUUAUCUCACCCAGGGAAAUAAUGUGUAUAUUACAUUACUGAUUUUAUUGGUUUAAUAAAUGAAAUUUGAAAAUGCAGCAUAUAACUACUCUGCGAUAAAAUCCUAGACACACAAAUUUCACAAAAUGUAUUGUCUUUGUACAUUGUUAGAUAUCGAAUUAAAACAAUGUUUUGUUUGAAUAUUUUUUGCUAUCUUCUGUGACAAGCUGAUAAGUUUGUGUGGUGCAAAACCGCUUAGAUUUAUUUUUCCGAGCGAAUAAAUAAAUGAGAUUCAACAAUACUCAAAUGUGUAUUGUUGAAUCAAUGUCUUCUGAGAAUGGUGGUUAUGGAUCUGUGUUGUAAAAAAGUGCGUUACGCCACACAGAUUUGCUAAGUUUUAGCAGAAAAAUGGGAAAAAGAUAUUGUUAAUUGUCAAUUAUAAAUUGUGUGCUUUUUUGCAAUAUUUUAUUGUACUGGUGAAUGAUUGUACCUACUUGUUAGAGUUAUUAAUUUCACUAUGGCUAAUGUUAUUAUUAUGAGUUGUCUUCUUGAAUGCUGAAGUCUGUUAAAAAAAGUCUUAAACUUUGCAUAAUAAAAUUAAUGUAAAAUGAAUGUUGCAUAGUAAUAUUGCACUCUCGUCUUUAUAUCACAUUUUUGUAUAAUAUCUAGUCAUUUACUAACUUUAAGCUGCGACUGGAAAUAUUUAAAAUACCAUUGUCAGUAAAACUUUUGUAUUUUUUUUAUAUAAUAUGGUAUAUAUGCCAUUUUAAAUGCCUGAGAAUCAAUUUCAAGAUAUAAAGGAGUAGUGACAUAUGAAUGAUAUCACAUGUGGUAUGGUACGUGGUAAAUUAAAAGAGUGCUGCUUCAAUUUUCAAAAUUCUACCAUUUCAUGCAAACAAUGUGUCUUUUAUUGACUAAUUAUUAUUUAUUUAGUGUAAUAAAUUAAAUAAAAGCAAUACGCAUCAAUUAGUAUGCAAAAUUUAAAUAAAAUAUUUUUUCUCUAGUGCCACAUAUUCGUAUUUUUCUGACCUAGUGGUCAAUACUGCAAUUAACGUCACAGAGGUCGCCAUUUUGCUAAACAACAUACUAAAAGCGCGACACCCUCACUUAACAUACUAAGUUUGUGGCAAACACAACUUCUUGGCACUCAAUGCAAGUAGUCGCAUUUGCUAAUUCAACUUUAAACGCAAUCCUUAGGUUGAAUUUGCUCUGAAUUUCGGAUUUUAUUGAAUAUUGGACUAUAUUUAAAGGCCUUUAGGUAUAAUUUUCUUUACCAAUAAUACUAAAACUGC